AUGUUAUAAAUCGAAGUUAUUUGCUUUGGAUUGGCUGUUGAAGUAGAACGAUUAUAGUCUCUCAAUAAACAACUUAAUCAAGAUAUCGAUCAAGCAAAUCUUCAAAAUAAAAACUCACAAACUCUCAUUGAUCAAUAAACUAUAGAAAUCUAAUUGCUUCAGACAAAAUUAGAUGACAUCAAUAAAGACUAAAUCAAACUAUUAAAUCAAUACAAAUCUUUAUAAUAAUAACAUCUUCAUAUAACUGAUUUAAUUAAUUAAAUUACAGCUGGCCAAAUAACCUUAGAAUAGUUAAAGGAAUUGAUAGAUGAGCUCAAAAACAGAUCCAUUUUAUAUGAUGAAAUUUAAGAAUUACUAUAAGGAUAGGAUAUAUAAGAUGUGAUCUCUAAAGCUGAAUAGUUUUAAUUGUAAUGCAAUAUAAAUUAAGAGUUGAGAGAUUAACUAGAAUAGUAUCCUGAAAUUGUCAUCAAACUCAAUUAAGAUUUGGAUAAACAUAAAUAGGAUUUAUUCAAUAAUAAGUAAUGUAUUACCGAUAUGGAAUAAACUAUUCUAAAUCUUAAUCAAGAAAUACAUAUCUUGAAAUAAUUAAUAGAAUAAGAAUAAAAUAAGAACUCUUCAAAUCAAUCCUAAAUGUCCCUAUCAUUAGAAACUUAAUUAAAUGAACUCAGACUUAAAUUAUCUUAAAAUGAAUAAAAAACUGAAGAAUUAGAAGAUGAAGUUGAAUAAGUCAAUUUUUUUAAAGCUUAAAUGGAAUCAUAACUUUAAGAAAUUCUUAAAGAAAACAAUAAAAUUCUUAUUGAUAAAGAAAAGUUAACAUCUGAUAAUUUAAGUCUUAAUACACUUAAUGAGAAUCUUUAAUAGUAAUUGAAUAUAUAGAUAAGUACAAAUUAAGAUUUAAAUACUUAAAUAAUUAAAUUGGAAGAUUAAGUUAGAUAACUUAAGAAUUAAUUAGUAGAAGAGAAUGAUCUAAAAAUUUAAAUUAUAAGAUUAGAUGCUUAAAUAUAAUCUUAAUAUGAAAGAAUAUAAAUGUAAGAUAAUGAAAUAUAAGAUUUAAAUCUUAAAAAUUAAGAAUAUAAAUAAAACAAUUAAUAAUCCUUAAAUAAAUAUUAGGAUCUCUUUAAUUAAAAAGAUAAUGAAAUUUAUGAUCUUAAAUAGAUACAUAUAGAACUUUAAGAUCAAAUAUCUGAACUAUAAAAUUAAAUCAAAAAUCUAAAACUUUAAUUAUAAGUUGAUGCUGAUGAAAUUAAUUAACUUAAAAUUUUACAUUCAUAAUUUUAAGGAUAGAAUGAUUCUUCUAAUUCUAUAAUUAUUAAUUUCUAAACUUAAAUUUAAUAAUUUAAUUAAGAAAUUUAGAAUCAUAUCCUUAAAAUAUCAUAAUAAGAAACUAUAAUAUUAAAUUAAUAAUAAUAAUUUAUUAAUGAAAAAUUAGAGCUUUAAAAUCAUUACUAAUAAAUUAUUGAAAAACUCUAAUUAGAGAAUAAAUAAUUAUUGGAUUAAAGUGAUUAAUAAUUUCAAAGUUUGGAAGAUUAAGGUAAUCAAAUUUUAUAACUUUCCUCAGAAAAUUAAGAUUUAUAAGAUAUAAUUGAUUAAAAAGAGCAAGAAAUAGAUAAAUUAAAUCUUUAUGUUAAGAAAUAAUAAGAAAUUCAUGAAGGUAAUAUCAAAAAAAAUGAAGCAUUUGAAGAAUAAAAUAGAGAAUUAUAAUUUAAAUAGAGUUCAUUUUAAAAGACAAUUAAGGAUUUAUAAACAUAAUUAGAGAGUCUUAAAUUUGAAAUAAUUGAGAAAGAUUAAUUAAAAUAAAAGAAAUUAUAAUUGGAAUAAGAUAUAAACAAACUAAAUUAAUUAAAUGCAGAAUUAAAUUAAUAAAUUUCAACUAUGAAAAUUGAAAUAAAUAAUUAUUAAAUUUAAAUAAAUAAUUUAAAUUUAUAAAUAAACAAUAAUGAAAUUGAAUUAAGAAGCUCAUUUUAAGAAAAUAAUUCAUCUGAAAAUUAAAUUAAAGAAUUAUUUAUAAAAAUUUAAUAACAAGAAGUUAUAAUUAAUUAAUAAGAUUCAUAAAUUAAAGAAGAUGAAUUUAGAAUUUAGUAACUUAUGGAUGAAUUACAAAAACUAAAUUAAAAAAGCAAAGAUUAUUAUAAGAAAUUUGAAGAAUAAGAGAUUUUUAUUAAAUAAUUAUAAUUAGAAUUAAAUGAAUUAAGUAAUGAUGUAAAGAAAUUAGAAAAUGAAUUAGAUCUUAAAGAAUAAGAAUAUAAUGAAUUAGAUGAUGAAUAUAAUCAUAUUUGGAAUUAAUUAAAUACUUUAAAAAAUGAUUAAUAUUCAGAUACAUAAAUUCAAGAAUUAAAAUAAUAACUAACAAAUUCAAAAUUAGAUUAAGUCAAAUUGCUUGAGGAUUUGGAAAAAUUAAAGUAAUAAUUAGUAGAUAAAGAUUCAUAACUUAAUUAAAAGGCUAUGGUUAUUGAUAAGUUUAAUGUUAAAUCAAUGAAUUAAAUAAAUGAAAUACGUUUAUUAAAAUAAGAAAUUGAAAAUAAUCAGAUUGUAAUAGAAAAUUACUAAUAGAAAAUUUCUAAACAGGAAUAAUAUAUUUAAGAUCUUUUGAAAUCUUUAGAGAGUGAGAAAUAAUGUUAAAAAUCUCAAGUAAAAGAUAAUACAGAUAAUUAAAGAGUAUUUGAAUUGCAAUAAUUAAAUAUGAAUUUAAGCAAAGUUAUAGAUGAAAAGACAUAAAAAAUAUAAUAAUAAGAAUAAGAAAUCAUAAUACUCAAUGAAAAAAUAAGAGAAACAUAGAUUUAUAUUAGAAGUAUGGAAAUUUAAUUCAAUGAAUUGAAAUUAAAAUAUGAAUAAUAAAUAUAAUAGUAGACAACUUAUUAGAAAUCUAGCUUCAUUUAAAACUCAGAAGAUAAUUUUGAUGAACUUUAAUAAAAGUAUCAAUAAAUUCAAUAGAAAUAUGUUUAAUUAUAAAGAGAUUACUAAUUAUUAUUAAAUAAUUAAACAAAACUUGAAGAAUAUGAAAACAAAAUCGCAUUGCUUUCUCUAGAAAUUUCAAGAUAUAGAAAUUCAUCUAAAAAAAGUACACCAUUGAUCAAUAGAGAAGGUUCUUCAAGUGUUAAAACAAGUAAAUUUAACCUUGGAGAAUUAUAAAGUCCUAUUCAUGAAGAAUUGAAAAUUGAGUAAUCUAACAAUAGUCAAAUAUUAAUUCAACCUUUUAAUAAUCCUAAAAUUGAUGAACAAUAUGGACUUAUGGUAUUNAAUAAAUAAUUUAAAUUUAUAAAUAAACAAUAAUGAAAUUGAAUUAAGAAGCUCAUUUUAAGAAAAUAAUUCAUCUGAAAAUUAAAUUAAAGAAUUAUUUAUAAAAAUUUAAUAACAAGAAGUUAUAAUUAAUUAAUAAGAUUCAUAAAUUAAAGAAGAUGAAUUUAGAAUUUAGUAACUUAUGGAUGAAUUACAAAAACUAAAUUAAAAAAGCAAAGAUUAUUAUAAGAAAUUUGAAGAAUAAGAGAUUUUUAUUAAAUAAUUAUAAUUAGAAUUAAAUGAAUUAAGUAAUGAUGUAAAGAAAUUAGAAAAUGAAUUAGAUCUUAAAGAAUAAGAAUAUAAUGAAUUAGAUGAUGAAUAUAAUCAUAUUUGGAAUUAAUUAAAUACUUUAAAAAAUGAUUAAUAUUCAGAUACAUAAAUUCAAGAAUUAAAAUAAUAACUAACAAAUUCAAAAUUAGAUUAAGUCAAAUUGCUUGAGGAUUUGGAAAAAUUAAAGUAAUAAUUAGUAGAUAAAGAUUCAUAACUUAAUUAAAAGGCUAUGGUUAUUGAUAAGUUUAAUGUUAAAUCAAUGAAUUAAAUAAAUGAAAUACGUUUAUUAAAAUAAGAAAUUGAAAAUAAUCAGAUUGUAAUAGAAAAUUACUAAUAGAAAAUUUCUAAACAGGAAUAAUAUAUUUAAGAUCUUUUGAAAUCUUUAGAGAGUGAGAAAUAAUGUUAAAAAUCUCAAGUAAAAGAUAAUACAGAUAAUUAAAGAGUAUUUGAAUUGCAAUAAUUAAAUAUGAAUUUAAGCAAAGUUAUAGAUGAAAAGACAUAAAAAAUAUAAUAAUAAGAAUAAGAAAUCAUAAUACUCAAUGAAAAAAUAAGAGAAACAUAGAUUUAUAUUAGAAGUAUGGAAAUUUAAUUCAAUGAAUUGAAAUUAAAAUAUGAAUAAUAAAUAUAAUAGUAGACAACUUAUUAGAAAUCUAGCUUCAUUUAAAACUCAGAAGAUAAUUUUGAUGAACUUUAAUAAAAGUAUCAAUAAAUUCAAUAGAAAUAUGUUUAAUUAUAAAGAGAUUACUAAUUAUUAUUAAAUAAUUAAACAAAACUUGAAGAAUAUGAAAACAAAAUCGCAUUGCUUUCUCUAGAAAUUUCAAGAUAUAGAAAUUCAUCUAAAAAAAGUACACCAUUGAUCAAUAGAGAAGGUUCUUCAAGUGUUAAAACAAGUAAAUUUAACCUUGGAGAAUUAUAAAGUCCUAUUCAUGAAGAAUUGAAAAUUGAGUAAUCUAACAAUAGUCAAAUAUUAAUUCAACCUUUUAAUAAUCCUAAAAUUGAUGAACAAUAUGGACUUAUGGUAUUAUUAUUUGCUGAAAUUGAAGCACUAAGAAUGUAAGAUAUCAAUAGAUAAACAUUUUAAGAUGAUAAAAGUAAGGUUUCAUGUCUUAUGGAUUAUUACAGAACUAAAAAGCCUGUAUGA